AUCUGAUAACCUAAUAUCUGGGAAAAUGACGAGGAGGAAAAUUCAGAUUAAGAAGAUUGACAACACGACGGCAAGGCAGGUGACAUUCUCAAAAAGGAGGAGAGGACUUUUUAAGAAAGCUUUUGAGCUCUCUACUCUCUGCGAUGCUGAAAUUGGUCUCAUGGUCUUUUCUGAAACAGGAAAGCUCUUUGAAUACGCCAGCUCAAGUAUGCAGCAAGUAAUUGAAAGGCAUAAUCUACAUCCAGCAAAUCUUGGCAGAAUGAACCAACUAUCUCUUGACUUCCAGCUUGAGAACGGUAUGUCCUACGCCAUGUUGAGCAAGGAAAUAGAGGAGAAGACAAAUGAAUUGAGGAAAAUUAGAGGAGAAGAGCUCUCGGGAAUGGAUAUAGAAGAAUUACAGAAACUAGAGAAAGAGCUUGAAGUAGGCCUGAGCCGUGUUAUAGUAACAAAGGGUGAAAGAUUUCUGGAAGAGAUCACUGCCCUUAAGCAAAAGGGAGCCGAACUGAUGGAAGAAAACCAACGACUAGAACAGAUGGAGAAUUUGUUUAGCACUCAAACACAUGUAAUUGAACAAGGUCAGUCAUUUGAGUUAAUCACCAACAUUUACAACUCAUUUGAUCCUCAAGACAAUGAUAGUUCAGACAUAUCUCUCAUGUUGGGGCUACCUUUUCCUAAAUGAAUUUGAAGUAUAGUGAAGAUCAAGACGCAUACAUGGAUUCUCUUUUCUCAAAUACAAAAGAAAAAAGGCCAUGGCUAAGUAAUUACAAAUCCUAGCUCAGAGUUGUAAUUAAUUUUUUGUAAGACCAAUUCGUUUCCACUAGCUGAUUCUAGGAGUCUGCAUGUGUAUGGUAAAUUUUGGAUGCUUAAUCAUUUUUAUGGAUGAAUCAAAGGUUAAUUUGUUACAA